UCAAUGUCACUUGAACACAUUGGAAUUGGAAUCGCUCGCUGUUCGAUCGUCGAAUAAUAUUUACGAAAUGCUUUUAAAUAAUUAAUCUUUCUAAUAUUCCUAAACUAUGAAUAGAUUGUAACGCAGUACAAAUUAUAUAAAAUAAUUGUUUCUUGGAACAGUUACAGAACAUAUAACGUCCUUGAAUCUGACAUUAACCUUAGCUGGAAAAAUGAUCCGUUUCGGUCAUAAUGUUGUGUUUUUAACGUGUUUUUGCUGUUAAUUACGAUUGAAAAGUCGUUAUUGUACAAUAAAUAACGUGACAGAGUAAACAGGAGCUGUGAAAACCAAACAAAAAUGUUAAACAAUACCUUAAAAAUGUACAAACUAUCACAAAUUACCACUUUACUACAAAAGAGUAUUUAUUUAAAUGCAAAAAGGAAAAUAUCCAUCUACCCUUUACCCUACUCCUGUAUAUGUGGCCAGGUAUAUUUAAAAAAGGAAUACCCCAACCAUAGAUAUGAAAUAACUAGAGUACAUUCUACUCAAAGUGAUCAGCAUAGACAAAAAGUUGUUAUUGAGACGACAACACCGAAAAUUGUGAUAAAUAAACUUGGGGAAAAGUUGCCAGAUCAAAAAUUACCGGAUCGGACAGAUUUAGAUGCUAAAGCUGGUUUUUGGAAGGAGACAAUUGAUCCAUAUGUUAAAUUGGCACGAUGGGAUAGACCUAUAGGUGUAUACCUCCUCUACUGGCCUUGUGCAUGGUCUAUAGCGCUGGGCUCCCUACCUGGUACAGUGCCGCUUCAGUCGUCACUAUAUACGGCGGGUCUGUUCCUCGUGGGCGCUGGGUUGAUGAGGGGUGCUGGGUGUACUAUUAAUGAUUUGUGGGAUAGAGACGUUGAUGCUCAGGUAGAACGCACAAAGAACCGUCCCCUGGUCACGGGUGCAGUAUCAGAAACUCAGGCGGUAGUGUUCCUAGCUGCACAACUGAGCCUCGCGCUGGCUGUGUUACUGCAACUCAACUGCUACAGUAUAGUACUGGGCGCUAGUAGCAUGCUGCUGGUGGUGACAUACCCGCUCGCGAAGCGUGUGACGCGCUACCCGCAGAUAUUCCUGGGCGCCACGUUCAACUGGGGCGCGCUGCUUGGGUACAGCGCCGUCACGGGGGCGCUGGACCUCUCGGUUUGUGGGCCGCUGUAUGUCGGGGCGCUGGCUUGGACCGUGGUCUAUGAUACGAUUUAUGCGCAUCAGGAUAAAGAAGACGACAUGAAAGUAGGCGUCAAAUCAACAGCGCUGACUUUCGGCGAGAACACUCGGCCGGCGCUGUCGGCCUGCCUCGCGCUCAGCGCGGCGUCGCUAGCCCUCGCGGGACAUAACGCGGGGUUAGGCUUGGCGUACCAGUUAGCGGUGUUGGGUUAUGUCGCUCAUGCUGCUCAGCAGAUAUACACGCUAGACACAGAAAACCCGGAAGAUUGUGCGUCCAAAUUCAAAUCCAAUUCAUCAGUUGGCGCCAUCAUUCUAAUGGGUAUUUUGGCGGGAGGUUACAAACAGUAUAUGGAUAACAUGGCCGAUAAUGUUAAUCAUGAAGAUACUACUAAAAGCUGUUUGUUUAGCUAACUUCUUUAUUUGGGCGGGUUAUCGUCCGUAGACAAAUUGGAGGUAAGUUUUUAUUUUAGAAGGGAAAUCAUUGAUAUACAAAAAACUCAAGAUGCACACUCAACGUCUCAAAAACGUCCUCACCAAAUGAGCGCAACAUUCAGAAUUGUGCGCUCAUUUUCUUUGUCCUAGCCGACCACUUCACAGUCGUAAAAUUUUAUUGCUUUAACUACAGUGCGUUGUAAUAACGACUUUAAGCGAUUCGCGUAAAGUUAAACUUGCAAUAACGUAUGCUUGUACCUUAUAGAAAGAGACAGAAUUAGUGUUUGAGGACACUUUCGAGCGUUACUUUUAUUCGAGACUGUGCAUUUUGUGUUUUUGAACAUCAAUGAGGGAAAUGUCAUUGGUGUUGACAGUUUUUAAUAGAAAUUUUGAAUGAAUAAGUAUUGAGUGUGUUUGCACACUACUACAAGGCAUAUUUAUAAUGUCUUGAAAUUAUGUUUAUGGAAAUAAACCUCUAAAAAUCAUGUGAGUUAGAGAGCUUUUUCACUAGAAGAUUUUGUUGUAAACGCUCUGUUUUGCUUCACGUUGGUGCAGAAAAAAGUCGCGUGGUUUUCGAUACUUUUCACUUUUCAACAAGAAAAACUGAGCGUAAAAUCUGCUAGUUUGAGUGCGCUCUAUAACUGAUAGUUAUGAAUAUGAACCAACUAAUAUUUUUAACCAACAGCGAAAUCGAAAUAAACUAUUUAAAGGUAACAAUAUGGUACUUUGAGUACCAUCCGCCAUUUUAAGCACUAGAAGUGUUCCUCAUAGAUUUAAUAUUUUUUUACCAAAACAAGCCAUCGAAACAGAAAUUAUUCAUACUUUUAACCUUACCAAACAAUAAACAGGAUUUUGUCAGUCGAUAUAUUUAACUUGUUUUCAUAGAAGAAAUUUUGAAGCGAGUGGACCGAGGGGAUAAGGGUGCAUCUACACGCUGCAAGUAGCUUGCGCAUGUUGAGUCACAUGCGCAGGUUACAUGCAUUGUAAAAACGUGCGGGUCCAGCGACUCGCGCAUGUACCAAAGCGCAAUACCCACCCGCGUGCUCUUGUCACUUGUGCGUGUUAACUUGCUCCAGCUACAUGCACCGUGUAGACGCAUCCUAAUACACAUAUGUAUAGGAUAGGAUAUACCUCAUUGAUCUAGAUCGCAAGAGCGACAGUCAAGCUAAGUCCUGAAUUCACUUCCUGGGUCGAGUAAUGGUAACAGAAAUAGAUAUUGUUAACAUGGUUUUAGGUGCUAAAUAAUUAAUUUAAUGAAAUCGCACUCGUAUAAUCAUCGGCACGAAUCUUGAGCGCUGAACUUCACCUGCGCAGAAGUGAUUUAUUGGGUCUCUUUUGUGGUAUGAAGUGAGGCGCGGGGGCGGGCUAAAGCGGUGAUUGGCCCGCAGCGCAUCGCAUCAUAGCCGUCACUCGGGAUUGGUUCUUUGCUAAUAAGUCACUUCUGCGCAGAUGAAGGUCAGCGCUCAAGAUUCAUGCCGAUGAUUCUAUAUUUUUUCGGAAUUGUUUCCACAGUUGUAGUUGAAAAAGCUGGCGGAAGCUAGCUAGUAAUAUAAAAAUUUCAAAUUACUUUCUCCUUACUAUGUGGGAUUGAUAUCGACUUUGUGGGAACCUAGUAUAAUAAUAAUGGCGUCCACGGCCGAUUUCGACCACGGCGACUGUUCUCAUUUAAGGAGAUCAGCCAGCUGCGCAGGACAUAUUAUAGUGCACGAGCAUUUGCUUGGACACAGGUGCACUCACUAUUCCUUCACUCCCAUAGCGCGAUGGGACGGCAAUCCGACACGACCGGAAAGAGAUCAGGCGCAGGACCGACAUUUACGAACCUAGUAUAAUGAAACCGAUUACAUAUAUUAUAUAAUUUGUGUGCUGUGACUAGUCUUAGAUAGAACAUUAUUACAAGCAUAUUUUUGUCAGUCAAAGAAAUAUAGUAGUUAUAUUUGUACGUAUAAGAUUCAUAUUUCUAUGGCUGCGAAAAUUUUGCUUUGUUAGUUCUAAAUUCAUAGAUUAAUGUAAAUUACAUUCAAUGCUAUUUGUGUCCACCUGUGAAUCCCAAAUAUUAUCAUAUCUGCCAGAUUGAUUUUGUAUAAGUUUCAGUAAAUGUGGCAAAUAUGUAAAUCUCAGAGCCUUUUUUUCCAACUAUGUUGGGGUCGGCUUCCAGUCUAACCGGACUCAGCUGAGUACCAGUGCUUUACAGGAAGCGACUGCCUAUCUGACCUCCUCAACCCAGUUACCCGGCAACCCAAUACCCCUUGGUUAGACUGGUGUCAGACUUACUGGCAAAUAGAUAAGCCCUAAAUAAAUUUUAAAAAUAUUCAUAUGGUUAGCGAGGUUUCAGAACCUUGCUUUCUGAACUAGUAUUAACAUGAAGAACGGGUUAUAAAACUAUUCAUCAUUAGUACCUACAGUCUGUUUAUUUAACUCGUAGACUAAAUUGACACUUGCAAAAUGUCAAACUUACAAAUAAUGUUGCUAGCUUCUUUGUGCAGUGUUGUACUUACGAUAUCGGUUUGUUGAAUGGUAACUUUUUAUCUAUAAUAGACGAAUUUAAUUUUCAUUCAAAGUUUUAUAUUUCAAAUUCACGUACCUACAAACGGCUGCACGACGUGCUACAAACUGCCAGGGACAUCUGACCACGCAACGCCAUGCGUAAUCAUCAAGGAUAAGCACAUUAUUUCAGGAUAACUUAUUGUAGAAAAACGAUACUUGAUUUUAUUAACGCUAAGUUUCGGUUGUGCCACAUCACUAUUUAAGAAUUGCAAUAAACUGACAACACUCGUAAUGUCAGUUUAGUCUACGAGAUUAAAAAAAACAGACUAUAGUUACUUAAAGACGUCAGGUUCAUCCUGGCGCCCAGGGCGCCAAGUUUUCACCGUAUUUUGUUCUGCAUUGAACAAUGAUUUAAAGUCUAAAAUAGUUUGACAGUGCGAAACGUCAAAUCGAAAAUAAAAAUUCACAGUUGGCGCCCAUUUCAACUUGACACCUAGGGUGCCAAGUUUGUAAUGUUUGUUUUCCUUUAGCUAAAUUAAACAAUAUUUGAUUGCAUUUAGAAAUAGGUCGCAAAGCGUACCAAAUUGUUUCAUGUACAUUGUGUAUAGUUCUGUUAUUUAUGUUAAUAAAAUUAUCUUGCCAUU